UAGUUUGUCGUACGUCGGCCCGCACGGUUCGAAUCUGCUUAAACGAGAUCGCUGGUGAACGUUUAGCUACCUACAUAUAAAACUCGCGCGCUGUGUACUACUGUGUGCCGUCUUGUUUAAAUCAGAACAUUGCUGGCAAAGUGAGAAACUCGUUCCGUGUCAGGAAAUGAUAGAGUGUCGAAUAAACUGUAUGCUGUGAAGAGAAAACAAAUACUGUUUGGCAUCAUGGAUCAACGGCUGGUCAGCGUUAUCAUUUUGGGAUUCGGCUUUAUGCUGUUAUUCACCGCCUUUCAAACGAUGGGCAACAUUGAACAAACUGUGAUAAACAGCAUCAAAACAGACGAGCCCACAUUUAAGGGAGAUGGAUACACUAGUUUGGCGGUUAUAUAUGCAAUGCUGUCGAUCUCGAACUGGUUGACUCCAUCGGUGCUGACGAAAAUUGGACCAAAAAUUGCUAUGCUUCUGGGAGCAUUCACUUACUGCUUCUUUAUCAUUACCUUUCUUUGGCCAAAAACAUGGUUACUAUACGUCGCAAGUGCGGUCCUAGGAACUGGAGCAGCAUUUAUAUGGACUGGCCAAGGGAUGUAUCUUUCAAAGUGUAGCGAUGAAUCAACCAUUUCCCGCAACUCCGGAAUUUUUUGGGCCAUGCUUCAGAUGAGCAUGUUCUUCGGAAAUCUGCUGGUAUUCUUUUUAUUUCAAGGAAAAACCCACAUUGAUAGCGAAACGCGUACGCUAGUGUUCUCAAUCCUGGCAGGUGUGGCCGUUAUCGGUAUUGUGUUCCUAUGCACUCUUAGAAAACCACACCAACUCACAACAGAUUCCUCAGAUGAUGGAAUUCCGGAAGUGCAGCAAACACCCAGACAAGCAUUUAUCAGUGCCGUCAGACUAUUUUUAACCAAACGCAUGUUGCUUUUGAGUGUGGCAUUUAUCUAUACAGGUUUAGCGUUAUCAUUUUUCAGUGGCGUUUACGGAGCCAGUAUUGGAUUCACCAACGCAAUCGGUGAAUCAGCGAAACAACUUGUAGGACUGAAUGGUGUUUUUCUCGGUGUCGGAGAAGUACUCGGUGGAGUAUCCUUUGGUCUGCUAGGAAAGCAGACCGCUAAAUGGGGCCGUGACCCUAUUGUAAUCGCCGGUUUUAUCAUACACAUUAUAAGCUUUCUUCUAAUAUUCAUGAAUAUUCCUGACGUUGCACCGUUUGGAGACACGAACGAGGUGGCAUUUUUUAAACCACCGAAUGCAGCUGUUGCCAUUUUAUGUUCCUUCCUUCUUGGAUUGGGAGAUGCUUGUUUCAAUACUCAAAUAUAUUCGAUGCUUGGAGGUGUUUUUGCUAAAAAUUCAGCAGAAGCCUUUUCGAUAUUUAAAUUUACACAGUCCGUUGCUACGGCUAUUAGUUUCGUCUACUCGUCUCACCUCGGGCUGAGAAUACAACUUGGAAUCCUUUUAGCGUCUGGAAUUUUAGGUACUGCUUGCUUCUGUUUAGUAGAAUGGUCGAUAAAACGAUCGCGAACGAUGAUUGUGAACGAAUGUGAAACUAUCGAUAGUAAAAACUAAUAAACACGUUUGUACGAU